CAACUAUGAGCCUCAUUCAACUCCUGCUGCACAGGUUGUGAGGGAGGAGAGAGAUCAGGGGAGGCAACUGCAAGAGACAGGGAUAUAUAGAAAGAUAGAUAGAAGCCAGGUGGUGAAAGAAAAGAGAAGAUCUGCUCACUUUCAUGUAUUCUCCAAGAGAAGAGGAAGUAGUCAGGGUGUGAAGGAGCGAGGCAGGAGAAGAACAAAAAGUUUUCAGGAGUGGGAAUACCCAGCAGUGGGAACCUUCUCCAGGGAGGUUUGUAGUGUGAUCUUCAGCAGCGACCCCUUCUCUCCACUGGGAGUCAGACCUCCAGGGAUCCAGAGCCAUGGAGCCGACCGAAAUCGAUGGGGAGCACAAGGAGAGGAAGAAGAUCCACUUCGCCACGCCAUCCUCUGCGCCCACCAACCUGGACCCUCGGCAAGUGGAGAUGAUCCGGCGCAGGAGGCCCACGCCCGCCACGCUGUUCAGAGUGGCCGACCAAGCGUCUCCUGAGGACGAUCAGUCCACUCAUCAGGUAAAGUGGGUUGUAGGAGAGAACGGAGUGCUCAAACCAAAACGAGUCAAUCCAAACGUGUAUCAGCCUCCAUCACUCAAAGCUGUGCAGAAGAUGGCUGAGGCACAAAUGCUGAAACUAGGUGUCUACCCUCAAUUGGAAGAACCUUGUGAAGGGGAGGAGGAGGAUGACCAUUGGGGGAGAGAGGACACGUCUCCCACCAAAGCUGCUGAUCACCAAGAGACGGCUACCACCGGGCAGUCGGACAAGUUCUUCAGUGUGAGAGAGACGGCCAAGCAGAUCCAAGCAGCACAGGAGGAGGAAGAAGAGGAGGAGGAGGAAGAGAAGGAGAGAGACCAAACUGAGGCGACAACGGUGGAGAAAAGUCGGGGGAGUAACUGAGAGAUAGAAUGAGAAAAAGGAGGGAAGUGGAGAUUUGGGGAGAGAAAGAAGUGGUUGUUGUCUGUUUGAACAUGUGGCGUCUGAAAAUUUAGGACGUGGGCAAACAAAGAUUUCUGUAUGAACUCCACCGGCACAGGGUCAGAUGGAUUAAAGGGAGCACAGAGAGAGCAGGUGUCACAUAUGAGCAGGUGAGGAAUGAUCUUCUGACAGAGCAGACCACAGAAGCCACGUCGGCCCAAUAAUGAGAGUAGAGGGGCCAAGGUCAACGUGACCAAACCUUCCCUAGAACCAGACCGGUCUCCUCCUCAAGGCUCCGAGCUCAAUUAUAAUAAUAAACAUGAUGAACAAAGGCUAUCUGACCAAUUCAAAAGUUCUUAUAGGUCUUUAAAUGAACUGCCACUUCAUUUUAAGUUCAACAUUCCCCACAAGCCCUUCGAUUCCAUUUUCCUGCACUGCCACCCUGUGGUAGAAAGCAGAACUGGCAACCUUUGAGUGGAGAUCGAGCCUAAAACAACGUUCGUACUACUUAAAGGUUGAAUCCUAAGUGUUUUCACCUCGUUCUUACAAUAAAAUUGUUGAUUUGUCCAGGACUGAUACAGGAAAUGACGCAGUUUCGUUUCUCUAAUCAAUGUCAUCUUCACUGUUGACUUCUCACGCUCCUAACAUUAUAUGAGAGACACCGAAUCAGUGAGGAAUGAGAUAUUACAGAUUAUACUUACAUCUUUGGCUGCGGGAAGAUUUAUUCAUUGAAAAAACUCAAACAAUAGUGACAUUUUUUUAAGCCUAGAAGGCCUCAAACCAUUUCUCAUACAUAUUUCUACACUGAAAAAGACAAUAUUUUACCAAUUUACCAAUUACAUGAAAAUAGUAAUGCAAAAGUAAUUGUUUUUUUUCUUAUUAAAAUCAUCAGUUGUGAUAGUGUGACUUGUUAACUCCUUUUUUUCUCAGUGUGUUCUAUUCUUACAUCAUAUAAUAAAAAAGAUAGACAUUAAAAUAUUUUGGUGGAGAAUCGCUUUAUAAAUGACCAAACACAAAUAAGUAUGUCUAUAAUUGUCAAUGAGCAUGAGUGUUGUCAUGUCGUACCACACUUUUCACUUUGAAGCUACACUUAGAACCAAGAGGCGAUUUAAAGGCUAAAGCUACCUCCAGUUUGUUUAUAAUAUGGUUUCCUGUCGUGUCCUCCACGCCGCCACUGACAAUUUAUCCCCAAAAUGUCAUUUGAAGUCUUUUUUGCAUGUUAACACUUUUCUAUCGUCACCUUGCUCAUGAUUUGUGUCAUCAGAGUGUUGUAAGAGCUAUUUUUCUAAUCUGACAUUUGCUCAGCUCUGUCCUGUUGCUCGACUGUCUGUGGAAGAGCCUCGAACCAGACACUGCACAAACCCUCUGUUUCUCUUUGUACCACUGAUUCUAACUUGGUCUUUCUCUUUCUCGCUCAUGUUUUGGAGUCAAUGAUUAUCAUAACUGUUUUUAUUUAGUACCCGUCUAAUUUAAUUUGAUCUAAUAAGGCUCCGUAUGUAUAAGAAGGUUUCCUAUCAUGUCCCAGGGUGAAUAAAUCUUGCUGUUUGUAUCAUCUGGGCCAGUGUGUGUAUAUACAAACUUUUUAACCUCUGACCUGCAAAAACUGUGGGACGAGCAUGUGUGUGUGUGUGUGUGUGUGAGUGUGUGUGUGUGUGCUGAGGCUCUGACGCAGCCGACGCUGUCCUCCUCCACCUCCUCCAUCUCCUCCCCCCAGGUCAGAAGUAAACGACCGUGGAAAGACGUUGUAUGAACUCUUAAUAAUUUUUCUGUCUCUUUUUUGUUCUUUUACUUUUCACUCUCUCUUUUCUCAAUGUGAUGUGAUUGUUUUAAAGUGAGCAGCAAUAUGAUAUAAAAAAUAAACCAAUUUUUUCCUUUUCUCCUUUAA